AUGGAAAAGGGUAUUGCCACGUGGGGUUAUAUAUCGGGUGUUGAUCAACUUGAUGUUCAUGGUACUAAUGUGCAUUAUGCUAAGCCGAGAGAUGUUCAAAAAGAUGAAGCAACUUUGGAACCAAAUCAUACAGAAUUUAUUUUUAUCGAUGAUGGAACACCAAGUAAAUAUGGUAGUGAACUAGAAUUUCGUUCUCGAUUCGAAAGAGCCAUCGCAGGUGAAUCAUUUUCCUUAGAAAAUACUACGAUUAAUCGUCGACAUAGUUCAAAGGAUUGGAGUGCAAAUGAUUUUGUACCUGUUGUUCUUCUUGUUAUCGAAGGUGGUCUAGAAGUAAUUAAAACAGUUCAUGAAACUAUCAUUCAAAAUAACAUUCCUGUUGUAUUGCUUGAAGGCACAGGUGGAUGUUGUGAUUUGUUUGCCAAAGCUUACUAUUUGUACAAUGAAUAUUAUAGUAAAACGGACAUAUCUGAUCGAACAACUGCUGAAUCAGAUUUUUCACCAGAACAAAAGGAACAAAUCAAAAAUAAACUUCGUGAAAAACUCAAAAUAAAUAACAAUGAAAUUAAUCAAACAAUAUCGAGUGAAAAUGUUGAAACAGAUUAUUUUGAAUUGAUCUAUGAAUGUAUUGAAACACGAAAAAUAUUGUUAAAUAUUAUCAAUUUUAAUACACAUAGUCUAAUCGAAGCAGAUAUGGAUUUGGCUAUUUUGCAAGUGUUACUCAACGCAACUUCUGGCAAUGAUUCUUCGAAAACCACCAUUGAACAAAAGCGUGAACAACUCUAUUUGGCACUUGAAUGGAAUCGAACUGAUAUUGUUAAAAAUUUUAUUAUGAAAGAUGAUCGAGAUUGGAAGUUAACCGAUUUAAACGAUUUAUUCGAAAUGGCACUUGUUCGAAAUCAAAUAAAUUUUGUUCAACUUUUUCUCGAUCAUGACUUUUCAUUAGUUGAUCUCUUUGAAAAUCAUGAAAAGCUCGUAACGCUCUAUAAAAAUGAAAAUUUUAAUUUAACACAAGAUUUGAACAAUCCUCUACGAUCAAUCUAUAAGGAAAUUAUUCAACCACUUACGGGCGAUUUUUUUGAAGUCAAUGCUGUAUUUAAUCCAGAUGAGGCUUCAGACGAUAUUGAAUGGGAUGAUGAAAUGUGUUCAUGUUGUACGAUAACUUAUCUUGAGAAUUUAUCUAUUCAGCAUACCAACGGUGCUGCUCUUAUAGCAACAUUACUCUACAAGAUCAAAGCACGCAAAGAUAAAGAUCCGAGUUAUAAUGCAUUGGCGGAUGAAUUUCAAAACUUAGCUGUACAAAUACUUGAAAAGUUCUAUCUAACAGAUCCAGGUGCAUGUACCAAAGCAAUAAUUCGACAAAUACCAGAAUUUGGAAAUGCGACUUGGUUACAUUUAGCUGUUAUGAUUGAAGCUAAACAAUUUAUUGCACAAGAAGCUGUACAACAUGUACUUAGUGAUAUUUGGUAUGGCUACAUUGAUCAUAUAGAAGACAAUCGACUCAUUAUUUUUUCCACUAUUAUGCUGUGGUACAGUGGAUUUCUUCAUUAUCAUCAAGAAAUGGUUGAAAGAACUGAACAAUUUCCUUCGAAAAGUUUUAAUUCUAGUCAAAAAUCAAGUUUUAUUCAUCAUAACACAUCACGAUUACAACAUCAAAUGAAUAAAACAGCAGACAAAGCACGCUUGAGACUAAUGCAAGAUAUGCAAGACGAAGAAGAAGGAACUGUUCGUGUUGUUGGUUCUCGUCGUUGGAAAAAUCAAUCAUUUCGCUAUGGUCGUCAUCGUCAUAAUCAAUUAGCAACAACUGAAAUUAUCCUAGUUGUAUGGCUUUUCGCUUUACUCUGCGAUGAAAUACGACAAAUUUUUGAAAUUGAAUUAAAAUCAAUUUAUGGCAAAAUUAUAGCAUAUUUUUCAGUGUUUUGGAAUAAAUUAGAUCUCUUGGCUAUAUUUCUUUUUUUUCUUGGAUUCAUUCUUCGAAUUUGGCCAACAACGCAAUGCUUUUGUGCUGCACGUAUUAUUCUUGCAGUUGAUUUAUCACUUUGGUAUAUACGUACACUUGAUAUGUUUGUGGCUAUUAAACAUCUCGGUCCUAAAUUAGUUAUGAUCGGUGAAAUGGUAAUGUGUUGA